GGCAGUGAUUAUUUGUCCAGAUGAACUCUGGUGCAACGCAUCGUCUAUAGACAGUUCUUGAUUCAUAUUAUUCAACAUUAUGGCUAACAGAAUAGUUUUUUACUUGUCAUAUGUGUGUGUUUGUGUGCAUCAAUUCUUUCGUUUCGGUAUUACGAUCAAAUUAUUUUCGCAAAAUAAAUGACAAUAGUGGAUGAUGGGCGCGACAAUCACCCAACAACCAUAGUAUAACGGUAAAUUCGAUCUGGGUUGAACACGGAUAGAUCUAAAAAUGAACUACGAUUCAAGUUGAACAGAAAAUUGUAGUGUGUGUGUGUGUUGAUGCAAUAGAGCAAUCGAUCGAACCAUAGCCUUACAUCUGAUUGAUGCAUACGGAUGAUGAUUCGCCAUUGUAAUCAUUAUCAACCAUCAAAAGCAAUUGACCACAUGUUAUUGAAAGUAUCACCAACAGUCAUUAUAAAUCACGAAAUAAGGUGGUGUGCAAUCAAGCCAUGAUUCUACCUGUAUCGUCUUUGUCAAUAUCAUCGUCUUCAUCAUCACCAUCGUAUUCAUUAUCUUCUUCAUCCUCUUCUAUGAUGAUCAAGGAGGAAGCAUCAUCAUUAUCGAUAAAAACAUCGACCUCAUCAACAUCAUCAGUGGUCAUGAUGAGCGAUAUAAUGACGAAUCCAGCAGCAGAUUCGGUUCCAAUCGGUUCAUCAUUAUCGCCAAAUUCAUCAUCAACGACUGUUGUACAGGCAUCAACAAUUCCCGAAAACGGCAAUAUGCAAAUGAUCAAAUGUGACUCAAUGGUUGAAUGUGCAGGCUGUGGUUCUCAUAUUUUUGAUCGUUAUUAUUUAUCGGCUGUUGACCAACAUUGGCAUGUAUCUUGCCUCAAAUGUUCCCAGUGCAAAGUGAAUCUUCAGGCUGAACCAAGCUGCUUCUCAAGAGAUGGUCUCAUAUUUUGUAAAUCUGAUUAUUACAGGCUAUUCACUAUGCGUCGUUGUAACCGCUGUGGUGAAGGAAUAUAUGCAUCAGAAUUGGUUAUGCGUGUCCGAGAUCAUAAUGUCUAUCAUCUUCAAUGUUUCACUUGCGCCUGGUGUAAUGUAACACUUGCACAAGGUGACCUGUUUGGUGUCCGCGAUAAUCUUGUCUAUUGUCGAAACCAUUAUGAAAUGUUGUCCACCAACAAUGGUCAGAUAGGAAAUCCUCCCUUAUCACCGAUUCGUUGCUAUGAAUCAACUUCUACACCCCCACCACAAUUGAAUUCAACACUGUAUUCAUCAUCAUUAGGUUCAAUAUCAUCGACACCAUCUGAUUUACUGAAUCGUCAUCAUCAUAUGCAGACCUCCCACCCAGUACAUCAUUAUCAUCAUCACCAUUCUCAUUCAUCAUCAUCAUCGUCACCAAAUGCUCUUCAUCAUUAUCAUAACAUGAAUCAAUCAUUUCAUCAUCAAGUUCAUUUAGGACAACAUCAUCAUUCCUCUGGACCAUUAUCAUCAUCUUCACCACCAUCGGCAUCGAUACAUCUUAAUGAUUCACAUCUAAUGGGCGAUAUUUGUAGUACUAUGGCUGCCACACCUUAUCCAUCAACGGGUCAACAUCAUUUACCUUAUUCACCAUUGUCCAUAACAAAUUUAUCUAGCGGUGGGGGUGGUGGCAGCGGUAGUCCAGCUACACCUGUAGGAGGAGGAGGAGGAUCAUCAAUGCAGAAUUCUAUGAAUGGUCAAUCGCCAUCAACUACAUCAGUGACGACCACUACGACCAAUACUGGACAAAGUAUUCGAAAAGGUCGACCACGAAAACGUAAAAAUGUUACGACCAGUAAUCAUCAACAUCAUCAACACAAUCAUCAUCAUCAUCAACAACAGUCACAGCUAAGUAAUUCUCCUCAUUCACAUGGCCACCAGCAGCAACAUCAUUCCAAUUCUCAUUCACAAUCCGAUCCGGAAAGCGGUGCAAUUAAUUCGUUAUCACACGAAUCUCUAUCAUCACCACCAGCACCAUCGUCGCGUAAUGCUCAUAGUCCAGUUUUGACAAAUUCAUUGGAUGGUGGUGGUGGUCCAUUGUCAGGUCUAGCUGCAUCGAUUGAAAAUUCAUGCAAUUCACAAUUGGCCUCAUCAGCAUUGAAUAGUCUUUCUUCACAUCAAUCAUUAGGUAGCAGCGGUAACGGUGGUAAUAGUUCGAAUCAACGUACAAAACGAAUGCGAACAUCCUUCAAACAUCAUCAAUUAAGAACGAUGAAAAGCUAUUUUGGUAUCAAUCAAAAUCCAGAUGCUAAAGACCUAAAAGCAUUGGCCCAGAAAACUGGAUUGUCUAAACGAGUCUUGCAGGUAUGGUUCCAGAAUGCUCGUGCCAAAUGGCGGCGUAAUAAUCUGAAAAUGAUGCCCGAUACUCAACAUGAAUUGGGCCUGAAUGGUCAGACAAUGUUGAACACUGCAAUCGGCUCACAUAAUCCAUCCACGCCUUCAACCAUUAUUAGUAGUCCUAGUGGAUCGACCAGACCUUAUUCAUCACCAUCACCGGCUGCUCUAUCACCACCAUCAUCAGUGACGGCCGAUACCUCAUCGUUAAGUCAUCAAGCGGCAAUAAUUUCUGUAUCGAAUGCAGUAGCUACAGCAGGAGGACCAUCACCACAGUCGAUUCCAUCAUCAAAAUCCAAUUUACAGGAAGCAGCAGCUUUCGUAAGUGGCGGAAGAGGAUCGGGGACGAACACGAAUGAACAUCAUCAUCACCAUCAUCAUCAUCAUCUAAAUUCUUCGUCAUCAUCAUCAUCAUCAUCAAUUGCCACUGGAAACCUGAUCUCGAUGAAUUUUCAAGAAUUAUACUGAACACCAUCGACAGAAUAUUUUCCAACUAAUUGCAGAUUUGUAAAUAUUUUUGUGUGUUCAAUAAUAUCAGUAGGUCGUCAAUAGGAGAUCCAAAAACAGAGUAGGGUCACACAAUUCUUAUACUUUGAUUGUUCUACUUAAAAACUUUCCUUCGCCAAUUGAUGAAUGAAUGAAUGAAUGAAUAACACACCAAUUAUAAACAAUUAAUCGCGUGCAUAAAGCGCAAAUAGCAGCAAUGAUUAAUGCAUAAAAUUACUUGGGCUGUAUAUAUGGAUCGAUUUUUAGAAUGUUUUGAAUAAAUAAAAAAAAAUAAGUAAUAAACUGUUCGCAAA